GUCGGUAUCACCUCUGGGUCUGCAGGUUCGCUGGGCCAGGGGAGCAACUCCCUGCAGCAGCUCGUGCGACCGUCACAGAUCUCUGGGACGCAGGCCAGCGGCUUGCGCAGCAGCAAUAUGAAUCAAUUCGCCGGGUUUUCGGAUGCGUGGUUGACUGCCCAAAAUCAUCUUCAGGAUAUGCAGAAUUACCAGAAUAACUACCUGAUCGCCCCCGAAGUCAGCAACGAGUUCAACCUGCUUAACGAGUUCCUCAACAGCAGUCUCCUGGAUGACGGCGGCCUGCUGUCCAGCGGAGAUCAGGUCCUCAAGAACGAGAACGACAUGCUACCCGGCAGCUACCUCGGCCAAGGCGGCAACUCGCUGCUGCCGCCCACUGCCCUGUCAGGGGCCAGCGCAACCGGGUUGCAGCAGCAGCAACAACUACUCCUGCAGCAACAGCGAAAUACUGCAGAAAAUUCAGUCGAGGGCUCAUUGAUACCCAGACCGGCCACGACCAACCCAGAGGAUAAGAAACGGCGCGAGGCAGCUGAGUUCUAUCUCCAGGUGGCGGACCCCUCGGGCAACGACACGCCCGAGGCACGGAUGGAGCGCGUCCUCCGCGCCAAGUACGAGGCCGGCCUGCUCAAGCCCUUCAACUACAUUCAGGGUUACAAGAAGCUGCAGGACUAUCUGGAGACGCAUAUUCAGCCGUCGUCCAAGCAGAAGAUUCUCGCGCAGAUCAACAAGUUCCGGCCCAAGUUCCGUGAGAAGGUGCAGCUCAUGACGGACCUGCAGCUGGUGUACGUCGAGAUGUGGUUCGAGAAGACGCUGAUGGAAUAUGACCGUGUCUUUGCAAGCAUGGCUGUCCCAGCGUGCUGUUGGCGGCGCACCGGGGAGAUCUUCCGUGGCAACAAGGAGAUGGCUGAGCUGAUCGGGGUGGAGGUUGAGGAUCUGCGCGACGGCAAGAUCGCUCUACACCAGAUUCUCACAGAGGCGUCGAUGGUGCGGUAUUGGGAAGAGUUUGGCACAAUAGCAUUCGAUUCUUCACAUGAUACCCUCCUCACGGCGUGUGAGCUGAAGAGUCCUGCCGACAAGGCCAACUCGAGAGAGAUCAAGUGCUGCUUCUCGUUGAAGAUCAGGCGCGAUGAGGCGAGAAUACCAAGUUUGAUUGUUGGAAAUUUUUUACCACACGAUCCAUCCCACUGAUUCAACACUUAAACGAGAGAACUGAUUACUUCUCUUGCCACGAACACGAUACGCAUUUUUACUUUAAGCCAAAAUUCAUUUACAACGGAUAAGCAAUAUAAAGCCUAAUGCCGU